GCGCGUUGUCAUACUCCUAAUUUAUUUUUCCUAAAUAAAAGUUUUGUCAUUUAAUCCAUACGACAGUCGAUAAGACGAGAAAUACAAUUAAACGUUUAUAUUUUUUAGAAGAUUUCGCAUCCACCGAUACAUUUAUCCGCACUUGAACGCCAGCAGUUGUUAGCAGUGGUGAAGAAAAAAACAAAUCGAAGGAAUGGGCGGAGUUUGCGCUCGGUGGAAUACGUGAUAAAAGUAUACUCGACCAGUUUCAUAAAAGGUGGCAAGUGAUAUUGUUUUAAUUACAACGAAUAGUGUCGAAGAAAUCGGUAGCAAGAUAUUUUAACGAAUCAUUCGGGAAAUUUGGAAUCUGUGGAUACAGGUUAAGGGAGCGUGUUCUCGAGGAAAAGCCAGGACAUCGCGUCAUAAAUAAGAGUAGUAGAGUGGGUGCGCACGCGGACAAUAACACGAGUGAGCGAGUGAGGCGAACCUCUUCGUCGGAUAAAGAAAGAAAUGAAUCGGCCGUUCUGAUUGGUCGAGGCGGCUAUUAUGGCCGCCGAUUGGCGCACGCACGCACGAACACUCAGGCAAGACGCGCACACGAACGUACGAACACGCGCGUGCAUCAGGAGCGUAAGCGUAGCAGUCGCUCGCGGCCGAGAAGAGUGAAAAGAGCGACAGAAACGGUCGGUCCGCGCAUUGCCUUGUAAGGCGGAGAGUUGGUGUGUGACGUCCGUGCGCGGAUGGCUCGAAGAAUGCCGAUUUUCCUCAGCUUCUACGAGUAUCCUUGCUGAGCGGAGGAAAAUACGAGUGAAAUAAAGGAGUGCGGACCGGACGCGACGCUGACCGUCGACAUUAAACCGCGUAUACGUAAAAUCCGACAAUCCGUCAAGUUUAAAGCUGCCGAAGGCACCAUUUUCAUCAUCCCCGUAGUGUGUAUUAGCAAAGUAGAUACCGAUUAUUAAACGCAACGCGAGUGUUCCUGAACGAACGAAAAUACGAGAACGAGAAAGGGAACGAGAGAAAGAGAGGCGAAACAGAAGUAAAAAGGAUAACGAAGGGCAUCGAGAGAGGUAGAAACCACUAGGCAAGAGAAAGAAGAAAGAUACAAAGAGUGAGAGAGUGAGAGGGAGAGAGAGAAAGAAGAUCGAGCAAGCAAGCGAAACGGGAUAAAGAGAGACGGAGGAAGAUCAAGUUAAAACUUAAAACGCCAAACGAUACGUAGUAAGCGUAAGACACAAAGGCCACGGCGGCAUAACCUCCAAGUCGAUCGUACCGCGCGUCACGAGGAUCUCCUCUCUGUCUCUACGAAUCGCGUCGUUUCCUCAACGAAUUCGGUGCAUUGCUUACGAGAGAUUAUAUUUUUCCAAGUGCGUGCCUCAUCGGGCUUCCAUAUGAAGCGUCGCACGGCCAAGAGAGAGCGAGAAGGAGCACGUGCGUAAAACAUAUUUUCUUUCCCAGGUAUAAGCGAUCGUCGUCACAAAGUGAAAGAGCGGGACGGUUGUUCGUGGAGUCGCGCUUUUCUGUGACACCUGGUAUACGAUACACCUCGUCCGCGAAGUGUCGCGCGAACGGAUUCGCUCUCGUGACCGAGAAACGUGGGAAAAAAAAAAUAAAGAGAACAACGAAGAAACUGGAGAAGUGAAGGAACGGGCGGCGGUGGAUACUUUUAACCCUGUUGUCCACGGUUGAUGGAUGAAACUGGCAGGAUGCUGCAACACGGAGGAUCGAGUGUUGGUUUGAUGGGAGGAAAUCAGGGCCAGGGGGCCCAAAAUACCGCCGGAUAUGGCAGCAUGGGACCCGUGGAUGGAACCGCGACGCAGGGUCCCGAUCAAGCCGUCGAAGCUAGGAAACAGGACAUAAGCGAAAUCCUCCAACAGAUAAUGAACAUCACGGAUCAAAGCUUGGAUGAGGCGCAAGCAAGAAAGCAUACUUUGAACUGUCACAGAAUGAAGCCGGCCCUAUUCUCCGUUUUGUGCGAGAUCAAGGAAAAGACAGUUUUGUCUUUACGAAAUACUCAAGAAGAGGAGCCACCCGAUCCACAGUUAAUGAGGUUGGACAAUAUGUUGAUCGCGGAGGGUGUCGCCGGACCAGAAAAGGGUGGCGGCGCGGGUGCCGCGGCCUCGGCAUCUGCGGCCGCGGCGGCCGGACCACCGGGACAACCAGACAAUGCCAUCGAACACUCCGAUUACAGGGCCAAACUUGCUCAAAUUAGACAGAUCUACCACCAGGAGCUCGAGAAAUACGAACAGGCAUGCAACGAAUUCACGACUCACGUAAUGAAUUUACUGAGGGAACAAAGUCGCACCAGGCCGAUCACGCCGAAGGAGAUCGAGAGGAUGGUUCAAAUCAUUCACAAGAAGUUCUCGAGUAUCCAGAUGCAGCUUAAACAGUCUACCUGCGAGGCGGUGAUGAUCCUGAGGAGUCGAUUCCUCGACGCAAGGCGUAAGAGACGAAACUUCAGCAAACAGGCCUCCGAAAUCUUGAACGAAUACUUCUAUUCGCACCUGAGCAAUCCUUAUCCGAGUGAGGAGGCCAAGGAAGAGCUUGCGCGAAAGUGCGGAAUCACCGUGAGUCAGGUUUCCAAUUGGUUCGGCAACAAGAGGAUACGCUACAAGAAAAACAUAGGUAAAGCACAGGAGGAGGCGAACUUGUACGCAGCCAAAAAGGCAGCUGCAGCUUUUGCAGGAGCGUCGCCGUACAGUAUGGGCGGUGCCAGCCAAGGCACUCCGACGCCGAUGAUGUCGCCGGCGCCACCCGGUGGUCCCCAGGACAUGGCCGGCUACGGGAUGGGCAUAAACGGUAGCGACUACGGGUCGCAACCGUACAAUGACGGCUCCAUGGGCUACGACCCCAUGCACCAGGGUAGUAAAAGGCGGCGAACUUAAGGAUAAGAAUUCUUUUCUCGAUUUUCAUCCAUCUUAUGUUUGUGUAUCCUAUCCAUAAACGCAUGUGUAUUUCACCGCAUAUGUUCACGCGUAUCGUAAGAAUGGGAAGUGUGCGAGGAAAGAGAAACAGAAUGAAAGCGAAAGAGAGGCAGAGUUGUAAUGGUGGUGGGGUAAAAUGAAAGAAAAUUUCCAAAGACACGGCCGCGAGUUUUUUUUUAACUAUUUUUACUGAAAAUUGAAUUAAUCGCUUUUGCUUACGGGUGUUCUUUUCGUCGAUGAGAGAAACGGUUAUACCGCGAGUUCGAAAUGGUUUUCGGUAAACCAGCGCGAGUCCGUCGUGGGAAAACGCGUUGUCGACACAGCGAUUGUACAGGGUUGGGCUGUGUAAGCUGUUGCUGGCCUACAAAGAUGGGUUUAAAGGGCAAGAGCAGAAAGUUGCGAGAAGAGGACACGACAGGGAGGGAGGGAGAGAGUGCUGCAGCAGUCGGGUAGCGUAAGGGUUGCUUAGUAUGCAUUGGAACUGCUAAGUCACUUUUUAGGCAGGGCCUGCGCCCUCACAUAUUAAUGGACUCGCUAUAUAGAUGCUUCUAACGAGUCACCUCCUCCAUUCGACCGACGAAACGCAACGACUUUGUCUUUCUCAACGUAAUUUCUCCUUAUCCGACGAGUUAACGAAUAAUAUAGUCUAACAUUCCAAAUUUUAUUCCGAGUUUUUUUUUUAAUUUUCAAGUUAGAAACGAAAGGACGAAACGUAUCGUGCGACGUCCGGUCUUCCGAGUCCGGUAAAUCUUUCCGACGUGCAAUUUCGACGGUGCCGCGUAACUGAGAGUGACAUUGAAUUAAAUUCGCGCACAAACAAACGCCAAUUCCCAUGUCUCGUAAAUUCGUGGAUAUUUCCAUUGCCGGAUUAAACAUCCUUUUUGUCGAAACGAAAUCGGUUGUCGAUACAACGCUGCUAUGAAUCGUAACUCCGUCGAAGAAAAUAACGAAUCGACGCGACGUCUUUGAAGUCCGUUCGCAUCCAAAAAUCCGAUUCUUUUCGAUCCCGCAGUGUCGCGUUCUUCUCUUGUUACCGUUGCGUUUCCGGAUCAACCGGGAGAGUAACGAAGAGGGAGAGCGAGAGAGGGAAAGUCUGUAGACGAGUCGAACAAGAAAAUUAAUUUCGCGGUUCAUCCGGUCCGGCCACGCUUCCACUCCCACGGGGAGCGAACCUUUCGCUCGAAAUGAACCGACUAAAAUGCAUGCCUCCCUCCUGGCUGUCGCGUUUUCGAAUCACCCUUCCUGCCUCCGGCUCCUCGUCCCGUUUUCUACUUUUGCGUUUCGUUCGUAACUCGCUUCACGAAUUCUCUCCGUGUCGUUUGCUUCUUCUCGCUUCUCGAAUCCCGCUGGGAAAACGCAACUCGAUAUUACUUUGCUGUUCGAAAAAUGUUGGAUUCGUGGAAUAAGAGACCGGCGCUGUUCGUUAAUAAAGUACUUAGCACUAACGUUCUCGCAACCGCAUAAACAAUAACAAAAGACGAAGCAGCCCGCUUGCACACAGUUACACGAGCACCACCGACACUUCCAUCCUCACGCGUCUCGGUAACUUUCUAACACGCGUUUUACCUGUGGUAUGUUUAUUUCAUCUUUUGUAUAAUCUCGUUUUAAUCGUUGCUGGUUGGUAGCCCGAAUCUAACAAAAAUUACAGUAAAGAACUGUGUUUGUUGCAACGAGAAAUCGGAGCGCGAAGCCUUUCCGCAGCGACAUCGAAUAUAAAAGAAAAAAUUCUGCAGCUCUGAUCGUUCCGCCUUUCGUAUGGCUUCGCGAAGUGCGAGUUUGGAUAACGAAACGAGAAGGUUCGCAUUAUCCAUUUUUCCCGAAAUAAAUCGGUAGACUUCUCUCUCGAGAUUCAGACUCGUUUUACGAUCCUUAUAAUUCUAAUUCGUAGCACGCGACAAGAUUUAUUCGCGUUACAAUUACGCAUCGUCGAAUAUAUUGCAGCGAGGAGUGAAAUUUCGUUCGGACCCGAUACGACGCGAUUUUGUAUUUCGAGAGCGGGUAACGCGACCCGGAAAGGAAAAUCGAUUCGCAAAACACACGGAUGCCCGUCGCGAUGUUUCGAGGGCGAGAGCGCAUUGUUACAAGCACAGUUCGCACGGUUUGGCACCUCUUGUAAUACACUGUUGCGAUUGAUUUUGGUCGUCUGUUCCUUGGUCUCUUCUACUCUCCAUCACCUAACGGUUUUUGCUGGUACACGAAUUUCCAUCGACGGACCGUCCAUCUUGGCGCGACUCGAAACGAACGCGUCGAACGUCGUGUUGUCCAACGUUGUUGUCCUUUGUCCGUUUGUCGUUUACUUUUGAUAAUCGACCUCGAUCCGAGAAAGAAAGAAAGAAAGAGAGAGACAGAGAAAGAGAGAAGAACAAGAACCAGAACCGGGAGCGAGAGCGAAGCGAGAUGAACGGAUCGUCGCGAUAAAGGAGGGAGCAGGGUGAUACGGCUGCUUGCUCCGGAACGCAAGCCGAAUUCAGAAUCGGAUCGUGUUUAAAUUUAAAUUCACUUGGUUUCUUUUUUUUUUUGUUUGUCCUCCUG